UGUCAACGCCAGACCCAAACCGUGAACAAAGACUUUCCAUUCUGCAGCAAAUUCCUGUCCAUCAACCACCCGCCUCGCCCUCGCCCAUUCUUGAUUUGAGAUCUCAUUUCAUUAUCCCACCGGCUGUCGCAGCUGUGUUUCGCAUAGUUUCUGUUAAUCACGACUCGGGAACCUCGAUCACCACUCGAAUCAACUUCCGCCUCCCCACUCUACGACAGCAAACAGAGCACAAGAUUCGACGCUUGUGACUCUUUCCGCACACUUCAGCGCCCGGCCAGGUUAAUCUGCAAUCAUGUCUACACCCGCCCGUCGCCGUUUGAUGCGAGAUUUCAAGCGCAUGCAAACAGAUCCUCCUGCAGGUGUAUCCGCAUCGCCCGUGGCUGAUAAUGUCAUGACUUGGAAUGCUGUGAUCAUCGGACCCGCGGACACUCCCUUUGAAGACGGUACCUUUCGACUUGUUAUGCACUUUGAGGAGCAAUAUCCAAACAAGCCACCUGCAGUCAAGUUCAUUAGCCAAAUGUUCCAUCCAAACGUAUACGCCACCGGUGAGCUGUGCUUGGACAUUCUGCAAAACAGAUGGAGCCCAACGUACGAUGUGGCGGCAGUCUUGACGAGUAUCCAAAGUCUCUUGAAUGAUCCUAAUACAUCUUCUCCAGCAAACGUUGAGGCCUCGAAUCUCUACAAGGAUAACCGAAAAGAAUACCACAAGCGGGUCCGGGAAUCGGUAGAGAAGAGUUGGGAGGAUUGAGCAGGGAAAGACUGGAGACUGGGUAUACUACACGGUUUCGAUAACGGUUAGCUUCUGGCGUUGGUGGUGAGGGCUACUUCAUGAAUGUUUGUUGUAUGGGAGAUUGGAGCUGGCUGGUUGGCUGCUGAUCCUGGCUGCGGAAACAACGAGUCAAAUUCUAGGCAGCUGGGCGAAAGUCGACAUCGAUGGCUUCUACUUGAAAUCCUGCAUAGUAUAGCGGUCUUGCCAGCGUUAUUAAUUCGAAACCAAAACAAUUGUCCCCCCUUGCGUCGGUACAAUAACAAUCGCCCCUCCUCCCCCUUCCCUCAAUAUCACCGUGAACUCCUCGAAGCC